AUGGAAAGAAUACUGUAAAAUACGGCUUUUGUUAUCUGAUUCUAGUUUAAGUAAGCAUUUCUCAUUGAAAGAACCAACUUGAUCAGGAAAAAGAUGAGGAAAUGCUUACUUAAACUAGGAUGGAAAGAAUACUGUAAAAUACGGCUUUUGUUAUCUGAUUCUAGUUAGAUUUUUUUCUUAGAAUAUUUAACCAACUUAAAACAAACUUUCUCUUCUAUUAAAUGUUGCAUUUAGUAAAAGAAUAAUUUUAAGUGCAAGACAGUGUACUGAUGAUGGCCAAAUGAAAUUUCUUUUAGUUAAAGAUAAGAUUCAUCGACAUUUUCAAUCAAUGAGAGAAAGUCUACAAUAUUGGCAACAAUGUUUGAAAGAUAUGUUUGUUAUGACUCAACAGCUUGGUUAUCCAACUUAUUUUGUUUCGUUAUUAAGUGUUGCUUUUUCGAUAGAUAUGUUUGAAUGAAGUAAAAUUUUCGAUUUGUAUGUUUCUCAGCUUGUUCUUUCAUUUCUCAUCAUAAAAUAUAGUGAUCAACAUUUUCGAGAGUAUGGUCACGUUCGAUUUUCUUAUGGAUUGUCUUCUCUUAAAUGAAUUGAAUAUAUAAUAAAACAAAAUUCUGAUAUUUAUUCAAUGAUUUGUAUAAUUAAUUAUUUCGACAAGAAUUUAUUUUAAUUGAAAUUGUUUAUUGAGAGAAAAAAAGGCAUCUGUUAUAUUUCUAAUUGUGUAAAAUAAAGUGUAAUUGAGUGACAACUAUAAAAUAAAAUGAAAUAAUUUUUAACAGUUGCCAUAUUCUGAAGUUGUUCGAUUUGAAAAAAUAAAUUAAAAACCUAAAAAAAAUUUCGUUAAAUAAUGAAUAAUAAUAAAUGAUGAAUGAUAGUUGAAUAAACCUGUUGAAGACGUAACACUGAGAAAGAAAAAAAAAGGAAAGAGAAGAAUAUGUAAUAAAAAGAAAAAAGACAAAAGCAGUGAAAUAAUUGAAAAUAAAAUUUUAUAUAUUUUUUUAGAAUUGGAACAAGUGAAAAUGCAUCAUCAAAUGAAAUGAUAAAAUUUUCAAAUGAAUUAAUAAAAAUUGUUUGGGGAUAUGAAAUAGAAGAAUCAAUAUUUGAACGUGGUCCUUGUUCUUUAUUAACAACAGUUCAAGCACAUUUAUUAAAUGAAUUAAUUUUUUGUCGACGUUGUCAAACAAAUUGGCGUCAAUCAUCAAAUGAUGAAAUUAAUUUACAUUUUUUAAAUGUUCUUGUUUCAAUUCUUCAUUUAUUAUCAUCAUCAAAUAAAAAAAUUUACUUAGCUUAUUUCAAUAAUGAAAAAGAAAAAAAAAGUUUAACAAUAAAACAAUUUCAUGAAAAAAUUCAAUUUUAUUUAUGUCAAUCAAAUAUUGAUUUAAAACAACAAAUUUUUUCACGUCUUCAAAUGUGGAAAAACACUUAUGGUGUUUUACUUUUUCUUUAUUCAUGUUUAAUGACAAAAACAAUUGAUUUAUUAAAAAAAGAAAUUGAUGAUGAAACAACAUUACCAUUAAUUGAUAUUGCAUAUGGACAUGGAAGUCAAUGUUUAACUAAUUUAUUAAUAACUGGUUUUGCUACACCACAUUGUUUUGAUGGUGAAAAAGAUAUUUCAGGAUUGAAAUUAUAUGGAAUACGUCAACAAGCUUCUUUUGGAUUUUUAUCAUCACUUGAAAUUUAUCGUUUAAUGGAAGUUGGAUGGUUUUUAAAAAAUCCUAAAAGUCCUAUUUGGAUUCUUGGAUCUGAAACACAUUUAACUGUCAUUUUUUCAAGAGAACAAGCUUUAGUUGAACAAGAUCAGAAUGAAACACCUUUGAAAAAAGCUUUGAAAAAAUUUUAA